AAUGAAUCUUUGUGAACGGUUCGUUUAGGAACUGUCGUUCGUGUAUUUCUGUCAAUAUGCCAGCCAGCUGAGUGUGUUGCGUGUGAGUGGAAAGUUGUUUUGUCGCGUUUGUAAUUUUUUUUUUCAAUGUUUCAUUAAUUGAUAUAAACAACUGUGUAAAUGGAGUAUCCUGGAAUAUCGCAUUUUGAUCAUGCUUUGGGACCACCACCUAAUGAAAUUCUAUUGUAUGGCGAUACUGCUUCAUCAUAUGAAGUGCAAGGCGACUCCUAUGAUUUGCCUACUAAUGACUUCGUUUCUACGAGUCCACACUUUGGACAUGAUUAUGGCGGCGAGUUUCAUGAGACACGUACUGUGUUCGCCGAUGGCGGUGAACGAUUUGGAGCAACAACUGUGACAUUUGAUCGUCAAGAAGAACUUGUAUGGGUGGGAAAUCAAGGGGGUCAUGUGACAUCAUAUUAUGGUCCUGGUAUGCAGAAACACACCUCUUUCCGAGUACAUAAUACUCAAGAAGUGCGACAAAUUGCUUCUCUAGAUGAUAGCAUUUUGGCUCUUACACAGAAUUCAUUGCGGUGUCAAAUGCGGCGAGGAAUACCAUUAUUUACUCAUGGAUCUGACAAUAUGGUGGAUAUGCUGUGCCUUUUGCAAAUAGCGCCAGAUAUUGUGUUGAUGGGAGGCCACCAGGAAAAAAUAAUCGAAUUUAAUUUGAAUGAAUGUCAGGAAACUGGUGAGCAUUCUACCAGUUCUAGUGGAUGUGCCAUAUUGCGGCAACAUGGGCGAUUUAUUUGUGCUGGUGAUCCAUCCGGCCGGAUUGAGCUCAGAGCUCUUAAUUCCUUAAAAAUUGAGCAUAUUUUGGAUGCACAUUCUGGAAGCCUGUCUGAUUUUGAUGUUCAUGGAAAUACUUUAGUUACAUGUGGUUUUUCAAAGAGGCAAGGAGGACUGUCUGUUGAUAGAUUCCUCAUGGUUUAUGAUUUGCGUAUGAUGCGAGCCAUCACACCCAUUCAGUUAAUGCUUGAUCCUUUACUUCUACGAUUUCUACCAUCAUUUUCUUCACGGUUAGCAAUUGUAUCUGGUAUAGGGCAAAUGCAGCUGGUCGACACUGUUGCAAUUGCUCAGCAACCUGAUCUGUAUCAUAUCAAUACUGGUGGUGUCAUGUGCUUGUCAUUUGAUGUAUCAUCAUCCUGUCAAUACUUAAUAUUUGGAGAUGCAGCUGGCACCGUUCAUUUAUACACAUCAAAUGCACAUGCUGCUAUGUUUAAUACAUUUUCUCAAGAAACAGAAUUUGCAGACCCUGUAGAAUCAUUACCUCCUAUGAGCAUUGAUGAUAUGGAUUCCCCCAUUGCAUCCAUACCUCUUCCAUACCCAGUUCACGGGACACCACUGAAAACACCACCUAUUGAUCCUGAAAUCUUGUGCACAAUGAAAAUGCAAGGAACUAUUGGUUAUGCUCCUAACCCAUAUAGUUCUCGUAGGAAUCAAAUGAGACUUCAAUAUUUAAAACGAGCAGCAUAUCAUUUGUAAUUCCUUUACAUUAUCUUUAUUAAGAUGUUUUGUGAGUGCAUCAACAGUAUAUUCCAUGCUCUUCAGUAUGCGCCAUUCAGAACACAAAUAUGUAAAAUGUUUAUAUUUGCAUCAAUUGGCAAAUGAAUAUUUUUAUAUUAAUCAUUGUAAUUGCAAGUAAAGUACACACCUUUAAUUUUUGUUAUUCAUUAUAUGUGCAUUCCUCAAAAAGAAAGUUCAUGAAUUGGCUUUAAGGGUAAUGGAAUAUAGUACUGUAAUGAUGUGUGAGCUCAAGAGAGAAUAUGUGAGCAUGCAUUGAAACUAUGGAAUUGUUAUGAUUAAAUGUGAUUAUAAAGUUCUGAAUAAAUCGUAUUUGAUGUGUAAAUAAUUUUUAUACUUGAAAAUAUCAAGGAUGAGUUGUUUAAGAAUAUCAAUAAAUUUUUUCUAAAUAAAAA